GGAAAAUAUGAAAUUUGCUUCUAGUAUUUUCAAGCAUGGAUAAGCAGAGACAGUGAAGAGUAGCGUUGACUGAUGUGGACAUGAGGAGACACGAGGAUAGCUGGUCUAAAGUUACAGCUCCUGCAGCAGCUUCAGGAAUCAACUGUGUUUUCAUUCUUAAGCCUCUAUUUGCAGACUCAGUGAAGGUCUGUGUUGAACGGCACCAAUGUUCUUCCAAUGUGACUGAUUGAUCCAGUAGAUGAACAGUAAAGAUUAAGAGGAUGACAAAUAGGCAUGCUGCUUACACAGCGCUUGAGGCUUAAUCCUCCACCCCUCCACCCCUCGGGCUCCCUUUUGAGGACCUGCUGCCGAGACGGACACGCAGACGGCGACAUUCCCAGCAGGGAGAAUACACGGAUCUGUUGAAACUCAACAAGUGUCAGCUCAAGCUCAUUACAGGAAACCUCUCCGUCUGCAUCUCCACACUGCAGUAAAGGUGGCCCACCUUCCCAAAAUUUUGGAAGUCUUCGUUUUUAUAUCUUAAGCUCAAAAGAAAGACAGAAACACUUCUUCAUUCAUAGGAUUUCCAGUGCAAAAUUAUGGAGGAUCACCUGUCGAAGAUCCCCAUGAUACCUUCAUCUUCUCCAACUGAUUCCUCGGCCAGUGGUGGGACGGAGGAUUGCCGAGGAGCCAAGAGUCCAGCUCCAGGAAAAGCUCUCAGUCCAGCUCUGGUGUGCAAAGUAUGUGGAGACACCAGCAGUGGGAAGCAUUACGGCAUCUACGCCUGCAAUGGCUGCAGCGGCUUCUUCAAGCGCAGCGUGAGGAGGAGACUCAUCUACAGGUGCCAAGCUGGUACUGGGAUGUGUCCUGUGGACAAAGCUCAUCGGAACCAGUGCCAGGCAUGUCGGUUAAAGAAGUGCUUGCAGGCGGGCAUGAAUAAGGAUGCUGUGCAGAACGAGCGGCAGCCUCGCAGUACAUCUCAGGUCCGUUUGGAUUCCAUCGAUGUCGACCCUGACAGGGAGCACCUGGCAACCACAAGGGAGCCCACUUCAUCCUCCUCCUCUUCAUCGUUGUCCUCCUCCAGUGGCUCUGUCAUCACUUGGCCCCACAUCACCUCUUCCAUUUCCAUCACCUCCUCUGUGCCCUCCCAGCGUUGCAUCAGCCCGCAGAACAACCACCGCUUCAUGGCCAGCCUCAUGACGGCCGAGACUUGCGCCAAGCUGGAGCCCGAGGAUGUGGAUGAAAACAUUGACGUGACAAGCAAUGAGCCAGAGAGAGCAUCCUCAGAGUACCACAUGGCUUUGUACCCAUCCGGCUCCGAAAACGUCUACGAGACCUCGGCGAGGCUGCUCUUCAUGUCGGUGAAAUGGGCCAAGAACCUGCCAGUCUUUUCCAACCUACCCUUCAGAGACCAGGUGAUCUUACUGGAGGAGGCUUGGAGCGAGCUCUUCCUGCUCUGCACCAUCCAGUGGUCCCUCCCUCUGGACAGCUGCCCUCUGCUCUCCCUACCUGACCUCUGUCCCGGCAUGCAGGGAAAAACCAGCUACACCAGCCUAGACCUGCGCCUCCUGCAGGAGGUUUUCAGCCGCUUUAAGGCUCUCGCUGUUGAUCCCACAGAGUUUGCCUGCCUCAAGGCCAUUGUGCUCUUCAAGCCAGAGACUCGAGGUUUGAAGGAUCCAGAACAGGUGGAGAACCUCCAGGAUCAGUCUCAAGUCAUGCUGGGACAACAUAUCCGCUCACACUACCCCAGUCAGCCUGCCAGGUUCGGAAAGCUGCUUCUCCUUCUUCCCUCUCUGCGCUUUGUGAACUCGGAGCGGAUUGAGCUGCUGUUCUUCCACAGGACCAUCGGAAACACUCCCAUGGAGAAGCUCCUGUGCGACAUGUUUAAAAACUAAACGACUCCCAGUUGGGAUCUCAUGCAGUCAUCAGUAUACCUCUCUAACUGGACUCAACUGGCUUUGUUGUGUUCUUUAUGCAGAUAAUUCUGCAUGCUUUUAUUUUUGUAAAGAUUCAUUAUUGUUUACUUGUUGCUUCCAUGUGGGGUCUUUAUAGACCAUUAAAAAAUGCACUUCAGUCCCUCUGUCAGUUUGUAUCAUAUUUAGAUGCUGAUUUGUUUCUGAAAAGAACCACUUCCAUCUUCUGAGCUUUUUGUUUUUGUGAAGAUGUGACCCAGAUCUUGGUUUGUUUGUUCAUAGAUGGACUGUAUAUGUCUCUUGUCAUUAAUGGGAAUCCUGUGUUUGUGUUUUGCUGUCUUCAUAAAGUGAAAAUAAUUCUAAUAAUAACAAGUUUCGGCGCUUUGUUUGGCCAUACCACAUUAUAGCAGCUGCAAAUAAAAAGUGAGCCUCAACAGCGCCAUCUCCUGUCUGGAUCACACAAAAUAAAAACCAGUUAAACGAGACCCCCAAUAAAGUCUUAAUUAUAGUAA